AUGUUUCGGCUGUUGGUGCUAUGUGUGUUUCUUACUAUGCUCAGCUACGUCUUUGCAUCUACAGAAGUUUGCACCAAUUCCCUCUUACCAGGAGCAAAAGGUGACCAAGGUGUGACUGGAGAGGUAGGGGACUUGGGGAAGCUUGGGAAGAAUGGACCACCAGGAGUUCCAGGUGUGCCAGGAGAACGCGGACAUAAAGGAGAAGUGGGUCACAUGGGGAAGAUGGGGCCUGUUGGAGACAAAGGUGACAAAGGCCAGAAGGGUUUUACUGGACCAGCUGGCGUGAAAGGAAAAACUGGUACAACAUGUGACUGUGGCAGGUACAGAAAGGUGGUUGGGCAGCUGGAUGUCAGUGUAGGGGAGCUCCGGAAAGCUGCGCAGUUUUUGAAGAAUGUUGUCUUAAGCUUGAAAGAGACAGAGGAAAAAUACUACCUCCUUGUGAAGGAGCCCAAAAAGUCCAGAGAAGCUUCACUGGACUGCAAGCUAAGAGGAGGCACCCUGGCCAUGCCAAAAACCAGCACUAUUAACCGCCUCAUGACAGACUACAUCAAUCAGGCAGGCCUGGCAAGAGUUUAUGUGGAAGUGAACGCACAGAGACAAGACCUGAAUGGGACAAGCAGGUAUAUUGAUGCCAAUUCCAACCCUCUGGACGUGUUUUCUGCUUGGAACCAAGAGGAGCAACUCCAGUCCAGAUUAGCUCCCACCACAAACUCCAGCUGUGUGGGGCUGCUCAACACUGGGACAUGGGCUCAUGUGGAGUGUGAAACAACCUUGUUUUUCAUUUGUGAAUUUCCAAAGAGCAGCCGAUGA